CGAAGUAGUUGCAUAGCAACCGUUGCUGCCGCUUUUCAUUCGUAAAUAUUCUAUUUCUUAUUUCGCUGUUUUACUGUACAUUUGGUUGAUUACAACUUUCGUGUCAUCAUGUCUGAUAUCGGUUCUGAAGAGAUGGAAGAGGAGCAGGGCCCAUACUUGGGUGAAUAUGAAGGUGGACGGAACGAGCGUGAGGAGAGACACGGACAUGGCAAGGCAACACUUCCAAAUGGUGACACGUACGAGGGUCUUUAUGAAAAUGGAAAACGACAUGGACAGGGAGUUUACAGGUUUAAAAAUGGAGCCAGAUAUAUUGGUGAAUAUGCCAAAAAUAAGAAGCAUGGUCAGGGAACAUUUAUCUACCCAGAUGGUUCGAAGUAUGAAGGUAGUUGGGUUGAAGAUCAGAGGUGUGGUUUUGGAAAGUAUUACUAUGUAAAUAACGACACAUACGAAGGGGAGUGGGCGAACCAUGUGCGGCACGGCCAGGGCUGUUACACCUACGCUGAAACAGGAACGAAAUACGUCGGAACGUGGGUGAACGGGAAACGCGAUGGCCAUGGGGAGUUGAUACACACCAACCACAAAUAUGUCGGAACAUUUAAAGAGGACAGGAUGGACGGAAAAGGGAAAUAUGUCUUUGAUAUUGGUUGUGAACAGCAUGGAGAAUACAUUGUAACUGAACUGAAUGAAGAUAAGGCUGAGGAAGAGGAGGUGCAGCCCAUUGUGAUACCCAAGUGGAAGGCAGGACCUGUAAAAGCCAUACAGCUGAAAACAGAGGAAGAGGAGGAAGAAGAGGCAGCACAAGCAGCGGCUGAAGCAGCGGCAGCAGAGGCGGCUGCGGCAGAAGUAGCAGAAAAGGAACGGCAGCUAGCAGAACAGCAGAAAGCGGAAGAGGAGGCUGCCAAAGCACCUGCAGGAGAAACCUCCGAAUCAGCGGAAUCAACAGACAAAACAGAACAAGGCGAAGAUGCUGAAGGGAAGAAAUCUGACGACCAGGUGGGCGGGGAUGAGGCUCAGGAUGCUCAAGAUACAAAGGAGGAAGUUCCAGAAGACAAUGAAGGACAAACGGCACCAGAACCACCCCAGGAAGCAGAAUAAAAUAACACUCAUUUAAUUUAAAUUCACAUAUUUAUGUAUUUACAAGAUAUUCAACUAAAAUGGAAGUUGGCCUCACCAAAAGAAUAUUAAAAGAGGUUAAUUAAUUUUAUGUAUAAAAUAUUGAAGCAAAAUGUAUGUUGGCCACAGAAAAAAAAGACAAAUGAAGUUUCAGUUGUAUUUAAAAGACAAAAUGCUGAUGUUUAUGAAGAUACAUUUGCUUAGAAAAAACCAAAAAGGUAAUAUUUUUGAAGGUACAAGUUUUUUUAACUCAAAACUUUGUCACUUCUCAUUAAUAGGCCUACCUUUCAUAUAAUACAUGUAGAAAAGUAUAAAACUGUAUGUUUUUACAUUUUGUAUUAUAUUACAAACAAUAUAAUCUUAAUACAAAAGAGUGUUACAAUUCUGGGACUUUUUUACCACCUAUAUUGUAUUUCAUCACUACUCAUGUCCCUCCCCCCUCCUAUGUAUGUGCAUACACAGAGGAGCUGCUAUAGAAUCUGUCCACAAACCUAAACAGCUUUUUGGAUACUUACCCUGACCCCAAUCACUUGACCCCUCCACAUUCACAAUAAUAGACUAAUAUCAGGUCAUUGUAAGAAGUCGACAAUCAAAAUAGCAGUUGAACAGAUGCAAAAUGACCGAUUUGGAACCAUUAUUGUCACUGAAUAGAUCUAUAGAUGUCUGAAUAUGCUAUUGGUGAUAUUUUAGUAUACUAAUCAGCAUGGUAGUUAUGAUUAUCAAAACUUACAGAUUAACCAUUUAGUGUAUGGUAGGUUGCGGACAUGUUCUAUACCUAUAUUGAAAUGGAAACUGUAUAAGAAUUUUAUUAAUGCCGGCACAUUUUUGAGUCGGCAAACCCAUCAUUCCUCCUCUUCCUUGUAUGCUUUUUCUACAUGACGUCCUACCCACCUCCCUCUGAGCAUAUAUACUUUAUGGACGCCACCUAAGACUGAUAUUUUAAUAUUGUUUCCAUUUUUCAUUUUCAUGUGUGAAUGAUUGGUCAGUUUUUAACAAGCAGGAAAACUCCAAACUUUACUGUCAGCAAGAAUCCCUUGGCGUCUCCAGUAUUGAUAUAUCAUAUUUGCAUCAGGUAGGGAAGAAUGGGUAGGAAAGGAUUCAUAUGUUAUGUCUUUUGAUUCCACAAAUUAAUCUUGUAAAAUGUGUACAAAGUCGAUAAAUAAAUAUAUAUAUGUU